AUGUCUCUGGCAGCAAAAGUCGUCAAGGCAGCCGCACCAAAAAUCCUUCGUCCUCGCAAAGCUGUUCUUACUCUCACACCUGCGGCAGUUUCUCGCCUGCGUGCAUUAACAGACGGACCAGAACCAAAGGUAGUCCGCGUUGGGAUCCGUACCAAAGGAUGCUCAGGACAGCAAUAUGAUCUUCAGUAUACAACCAAGAAAGAGAAGUUUGAUGAGGAGAUUAAGCAGGAUGGCGUGACAGUUCUUGUUGACAACAAGGCGUUACUAUCCGUGCUUGGAUCUGAGAUGGAUUAUGUGGAAGACAAGCUUUCGGCCCAGUUUGUAUUCAAUAACCCCAACGUCAAGGAGUCAUGUGGAUGUGGCAUGAGUUUCAUGACGUAG